AUGGCGUUCAAGCAACAUGCCUCCAAGCGCAGUGCGCAAAGUUCUAAUAAUACAAGCUUAAAUACGCCCACUAAAGCAGUUCAACCGAAAAUAUCAAAACCUAACAAUACACCAGAUAAAACAACGGAAGAAGAAGGCGGGCAAAGCAACAAACUAGAUGAAAUUCACAAUACAUUGAAAAUAAUGAUGAAGAAACUUGACAAGCUCGACGUGAUAGAAGGCAGAAUGAAGACCCUCGAAGAAGAUUUAAGAGAUGUAAAAACAUCCAUGGAAUAUGCUCACGCAGAAAUUACGGAUUUAAAAACAUCACAUGAAAUAACAACGACCUUCAACAAAGAAACUAAGGCAAGACUGGACAAACUGGAGAAAGAAAAUGCGGAUUUACACAAUGGCAUCAUUGACCUUAAAGCCCGGUCAAUGCGUGACAACUUAAUUUUUUAUAACCUCCCCGAAAUUGAACAUGAAAACACGACCGAAAUGAUACAUCAGCUACUAGAAGACAAAUUGGGUAUGAAAGACGCAAAAGCGCAAGUCAAGAUCGAUAGAUCGCACAGAUUGGGCCGUAAAAGACAGGGAAACCCAAAACCGCGUCCAAUAGUAGCUAAAUUUAACUACCAUCAGGACAAAGAAUUCAUCAGGCGAAAUGCCAAUAAGUUGAAAGGAACAAAAAUUGGGAUAUCAGAACAGUUCCCGGAUGAAAUCGCUAGAGUACGACAAGCAUUAUAUCCGGAACUCAAAAAGGCGAAAGCUGAGGGGAAAAGAGCAAGAAUUGUGAAAGACAAGCUGAUUAUUGAGGGAAUUGUUUUCAAUCCGACAAGGCCGACAUGA